CCCACUUUCCCCCCCCAAAAUAAAUAUAUUAUCAUCAACAACAACAGACGAGAUUCUCUACAUUGAUUCCUCUCCCACUUUCUUCUUCCUACGCGUGUCCCUCGCUGCUUCAAAACGAAUCGAAUCUUGACGUCGACGGCCGGCGAUGAAGGAUCCCGACGCCAAGAAGCGCAGAUCAACCCCCUCGAACGUCGACGACGUCAUCUCCCUCGUCAUGCCUCUCGUAACCGACGCCAAAGACCGCGACUCCGCAUCCCUCGUCAACCGCACAUGGCUCAGAGCAGACUCCGAGACCAGGGAGCACGUCACCAUGGCCCUCUGCUACGCCUCGCUCCCCGAACGCCUCAGCCGGAGGUUCCCGAACCUGACGUCUCUCAAGAUCAAGGGGAAGCCCCGCGCCGCGAUGUUCGACCUCAUCCCGGAGAACUGGGGAGGGUUCGUGUCCCCCUGGGUGAACGAGAUCGCUCUGUCGAUGCGGAGGAUCAGGUCCGUGCAUUUCAGGAGGAUGAUCGUGAGCGACUUGGAUCUUGAUGUGUUGGCGAGGGCGAGGUUGGACGAGCUCGAGGUUUUGAAGCUUGAUAAGUGCUUGGGGUUCUCUACCGAUGGGCUCUUGACCAUCGUUAAACACUGCAGGAAAAUCAAAACGUUGUUGAUGGACGAUAGUUCGGUUCUCGAAAAGAACGGUGAUUGGCUACACGAGCUCGCCUUGCACAACACGUCUCUCGAGGUUCUAAACCUCUACAUGACAGAGCUCACGAAACUCAUCCCCAGAGACUUGGAAACCAUAGCUAAAAACUGCCACCGCUCUCUGGUCUCCGUCAAAGUCGGCGGCGACUUUGACAUGCUGGAGCUGGUCGGGUUCUUCAACGCCGCUGUUAACCUCGAAGAGUUUUGCGGCGGCUCCUUGGAUGAGGAUCCCGAAUGGCCUGACAAGUACACGAAACUGACUUUCCCUCCAAAGCUAUCCCGUGUGGGACUCUCUUACUUGGUAGCAAAGGAAAUGCCGAUACUGUUCCCGUUCGCUGCUCAAAUCCGAAAGCUGGAUCUUCUCUAUGCGUUUCUCGAAACCAACGAUCAUUGCCAACUGAUCCCAAAGUGUCCUAAUCUUGAAGUUCUUGAGACGAGGAAUGUGAUAGGAGACAAGGGACUAGAGGCACUUGCGAAGUACUGUAAGAAGCUGAAGCGGCUGAGGAUCGAACGGGAUGCAGAUGAAGACGAGAUGAAUGAAGAUAGACGAGGUGCAGACGAAGAUGGGAACGAGGACUUGGGGUAUUUAGUGACGCAGAGAGGGCUAACGGCUCUGGCUAAGGGAUGCAAGGAGCUAGAGUACAUUGCGGUGUACGUCGCUGACGUAACCAACGAGUGUCUCCGAACCAUAGGCGGGCAUCUGAAAAGCCUCGUGGACUUCCGCCUCGUCUUGAUCGACCUAGAAGAUAUGAUAGUAGCGGAUUUGCCGCUGGAUAAGGGUGUCAGAUCGCUCUUGAUGGGAUGCGAGAAACUCAGACGGUUUGCGUUGUAUCUCAGGCCGGGGGGGUUGACGGACGUGGGGUUAGGAUACGUAGGGAGGUACAGUCCGAACGUGAGGUGGAUGCUUCUCGGUUACGUUGGGGAGAGUGACGAGGGACUGAUGGAGUUCUCGAGAGGAGGGGGUUGUCCGAGGCAGCUGCAGAAGCUGGAGAUGAGAGGUUGUUGCUUCAGCGAGAGGGGAAUCGCUGCAGCUGUGAUGGAGCUGCCUUCGCUGAGAUACCUGUGGGUGCAAGGGUACGGAGCUUCGGCGACGGGGGAAGAUCUGAGGGUGAUGUCUAGACCGUACUGGAACAUUGAGCUGAUUCAGGCAAGAAGAGUCCCGGAAGUGGAUGAGAUGGGAGAGGUGAGUGAGGUGGAGCAUCCGGCUCAUAUACUGGCGUAUUACUCACUCGCUGGUCACAGAACAGAUUCUCCACCAACUGUUAGAGUCCUGAAGGAGCUAUGAUGAUUGAUUGAUUGAUUGAUGAUUCCAAAGCAGGUUUGUACAUAAAAGAUUCUUCCAUGAACUUGUGUAUAAUGGAUUCUUUUACUUCUUCUAACUGUUGGUGUUGAGAGAUUAAAUAGAGGUUUUGAGAGAUUUGUUGUAUAUUUUUUGAUUUCUCCAAUAUACAGAAAAUGAACCUCCACACCUUUAGAGUUUUAUAUAUUUUUUCACUUUCUGAGGAA